GAGCGUUUUCAAGUACAUUUCAUCUCAUUCUGUCCUUUCUUUGCAGUUUACCAGGUCUUUGAAAGUGUGGCCAAGAAAUAUGACGUAAUGAACGAUUCAAUGACUCUAGGGAUUCAUCGAGUGUGGAAGGAUAUCCUCGUUCAUAAAAUGAACCCUUCCCCCGGAAUGCUGCUUCUUGAUGUUGCUGGAGGAACAGGUGACAUCGCCUUUCGAUUUAUUAAUUAUGUUCGCUCCAUGCGAGAACGCCAGCUCCAGCGGAAGCUUAAGCACCAUCAGAACUUAUCGUGGCAGGAAAUUUCUGAGAGUUACCAGGAAGACAAAUUUAAGUCCCUAGGCGAUUCCCAAGUGGUGGUCUGUGACAUUAACAAAGAAAUGUUGAAAGUUGGGAAGCAGAAAGCACAGCAUCUUGGCUACUCCGAAGGCUUGUCCUGGGUCCUUGGGAAUGCUGAGGAGUUGCCCUUUGAUGAUGAUAAGUUUGAUGUUUACACAAUUGCCUUUGGAAUCCGAAAUGUAACUCGUAUUGAUUUGGCACUUCAGGAGGCGUAUCGUGUGCUGAAACCAGGAGGAAGAUUUCUCUGCCUUGAAUUUAGCCACGUCAGCAACCCUGUUCUUUCCAGGCUGUAUGAUCUAUACAGUUUCCAAGUUAUCCCUGUUCUGGGUGAGGUUAUUGCUGGUGACUGGAAGUCUUACCAGUAUCUCGUGGAGAGCAUCCGACGUUUCCCUCCCCAGGAGGAGUUGAAGGCAAUGAUAGAAGAUGCAGGUUUUUUUAAUGUGGAUUAUCAGAAUUUAAACUCGGGCAUUGUUGCCAUUCACUCGGGUUUCAAACUGUGAGUCUACUAUGUAGCAGAACACAGGAAGUGUAAUUUUCCUGAAGAACAUGAAAGCUGUGGAAUCUUAAC